AAAAACUACAACAGGCCAGAUUUGGCCCCUGGGCCUUGAGUUUGAAACCUGUGCUGUAGAGGAAAGAUGUCAUAUUGCAAUGAAGCUAAACGAUGCAGCGGAGCUCUUAGGACGAUCGGCUCCGGUGAUGAGCUGGUUUCUGCUGGAACUGUCUGAAAGCCUCCAGACAGUCAUGUGGAGUCGGUGACUCUGCAGGUCUGAGCCAUCUGUAGAAUCAGCCAUGUGCCUGGAAGUCUGUGAAAACCAUAUGAGUCAUUUGGUGGGUUAAUUCUGUUCACACCUCCGUUCCACAACAUGGCCUGCAGUCACUUUUUUUGAUCCAUGAAAGGAGUUGUCACUCCCCACCUCUUACUGAAGGUAUACCAGGCAUGUCCAUGUACCCCAUCAGUCGGCUGUGUAAGUUCUGUGACCGACAGAGUUCCUCCUGCAAUGGCACAGAGAGCUGCAUGUCCCACUGCUCCAUUACGUCUGUCUGUGAUUCGCGUGAAGAGGUCUGUGUUGCUAUAUGGAUAAAGAAUGAGACCAGCUUCACCGUGGAGACCCUUUGCCACAACCCGUCCGUGUUGCUGUACGGCAUCAUGCUGGACGACUACAACAGCUCCAGCUGUGUGAUGAAGGAGAAGAACUCCACCAGCGGGAUGGUGCACGUCUGCUCCUGCACAGAAGAAGAGUGUAAUGACAAAAUGGUGUUCGUUCCCAAAGCAAAAGAUCAAGCCGUGGGCGAUUCCCUCAUCUCUAUUAUUCUGGUGAGCCUGCUUCCCCUUAUUGUGAUGGGAGUCUUGGUUGCCGCGGUGAUCCACUGGUACUGCGUCAAUCGGCGGCGCCAUCUUAGCAAAAAGUGGGAGAGCAACGUUAAAAUGCGUAAGCCUAAAGCCGGCGGGUUGGACUGCAGAGACGCCUGCGCCUUCAUGGCGGAUGACGACGGCUCUGACAGCAGCUCCAUUCACGCCAACAACCUGAAUCACAACACCGAACCCCUGCCUAUAGAGCUGGAUCUGCUGGUGGGUAAGGGCCGCUUCGCUCAGGUGUACAAGGCAAAGCUGAAGCAGAGCAGCUCAGCUCAGUUUGAAACCGUGGCUGUGAAGAUCUUCCCCUCUGAGGAGUACGCAUCCUGGAAGAACGAGAAGGACAUCUUUUCCAACAAGGACCUCAGACACGAGAACGUUCUCCACUUCCUGACAGCUGAGGAGAGGAAGGCAGAGAAACAGUACUGGCUCAUCACAGCUUUCCACCCCUGUGGGAACCUCCAGGAGUAUCUGACGCGCCACGUGAUCAGCUGGGAGGAACUGCAGGCGUUGAGCAGCUCUCUGGCCCGCGGAGUUGCCCACCUUCACAGCGACCGGCUCACAAGUGGACGGCCCAAGGUGCCCAUAGUUCACAGAGACCUAAAGAGCUCCAACGUGCUGGUGAAGAAAGACCUGACCUGCUGCAUAUGUGACUUUGGCCUGGCGCUCUGUCUGGACAGCAGCCUGUCAGUGGAUGAUCUCGCCAACAGCGGCCAGGUGGGUACGGCGCGCUACAUGGCCCCCGAGGUCCUGGAGGCCCGGCUCGAUCUGGAGAACAUCGAGUCCUUCAAGCAGACCGACAUUUACUCCAUGGCUCUGGUCCUGUGGGAAAUGACAUCAAGAUGCAAAACCAUAGGAGAGGUGAAGGACUAUGAGCCAGCGUUCGGCUCCAAGGUGCGACAGCACCCCUAUGUGGAGAGCAUGAAGGACAACGACAGACCCGACAUCCCCGACAGCUGGCUCCGGCAUCAGGGCAUUUUGGCUAUCUGCACCACUAUCAAGGAAUGCUGGGACCACGACCCGGAGGCCCGUCUCACGGCCCACUGCGUGGCCGAGCGACUCUCUGAGAUCGAGGAGGAGCUGGACAAGCUGUCGAGCCGCAGCUCCUCGGCUGAGAAGAUCCGAUACGAGGUGCACAUCCCCGUCGCCAUGGAGAUCCCAGAGGAGGAGGUGAAGAUCUCUGAAAUCCAGAACAUCAUAGCUGCGGACUGCUCUGUGAGCGACAAGAAGUGAGGCGGGGAUCUGCGGACUCCUUCAGGGGCCUUCCGGUCCAGGUUAGCACGGCGGACGAUGAUGACGGUGGUGGUGAUGAAGAGCGGAGCUCUGGCGGGACUCCAACCACAGCUGGAGUCUGAGGCAUCGUGUUGUGUUCAGCUUUGGCUCAGCCCUGGUGAACUUUAUGGUUUUCACGACUUCUAGAAUGUUACAACAUGUUGAAAAGCUACAGAUCCAAAAAACAAAAUAAAAUAAAAAUAAUAAAUAACAAAAAAGCCAAUUUCACAGGAGAAUGCCGAGCCUGACAGACUUUUCUCUGCAUGAUAAACAGGCCAGUUUGGAUUGAACCAAACAGGUUUUAAAUGCAUUUGUCAUGAUCUUCUUCUGCAUUACAGAUAAUAGUCAUUUCCAAUGGUUUAAGCAUAUU